AUGCAUUGGGGUUGGAGGAACUGUCCAGUGGCAUGGCAAGGGCAGUACACCCGGGGCGACAAGGGACAUCCAACAAUCAUGCUUGAAGCGGUUGCUUCAUAUGAUUUGUGGAUCUGGCAUGCCUACUUUGGCCCUGCUGGUUCGAACAACGACAUCAACGUCCUCAACGAGUCAGAUUUGUUCGACGAUUUGCUACAAGACAGGGCUCCUAAAGUAGAGUUUUCGGUUAACGGGGAACGGUUUACAAAGGUAUAUUACCUAGCAGAUGGUAUUUAUCCAGAAUGGGUGACUCUUGUUAACUCAUUCAAGUGCCCGAUGGACCCGAAAACCACCAAGUUCAAAAGAUACCAAGAAGCUGCAAGAAAGGAUGUCGAGCGAGCGUUUGAAGUUCUUCAAGAUAAUGGGAGUGCAAUUACAGAGUUUGAAGAAGAGUUGAUAGCUAAUACUACACUCCCAACUCGUACGUGGACUGAAAGGUGUUCAACGCAGCUUCGUAUGUACGGGGAGCUUCGCGAUAGAAUUGCUCACCAUCAACUCCGCAAUGCUCUGAUCGAACAAGUUUGGAACCUCUCAGAACACGGCCGUCAACGUUGA